UCAAGUCGGUGAUCUUUUUUUUUGUUUUUUCCUCUUUCUACAGAACAACAAAAAGCUUCUUCAACUUAAUCUUCAUUAGAUUUAGAUGCACAACGACUCUCCAUCACAUAUAUACAUUUGGUGAUUAUUUGGACGAUCUGAUUCUUUUCUUCAGAGUUUGUUUGUUUUAUUUAGAGGAAGAAGAUUUAGUGUUCUUUUUUAAGAAAAAGAUGGGUUUGGAUUAUUACAACAUAUUGAAAGUGAAUAGGAACGCAACAGAGGAUGAUCUAAAGAAAUCUUACAGAAGAUUGGCUAUGAAAUGGCAUCCUGACAAAAACCCUAACACCAAAACCGAAGCUGAAGCCAAGUUCAAACAGAUCUCUGAGGCUUAUGAGGUUCUAAGUGAUCCACAGAAACGAGCGGUAUAUGAUCAAUAUGGGGAAGAAGGAUUAAGCGAUAUGCCGCCUCCCGGGAGCACGGGAAACAAUGCAAGAGCGGGAGGUUUUAACCCGAGGAAUGCUGAAGACAUAUUUGCAGAGUUCUUUGGAAGUAGCCCCUUUGGUUUUGGAUCAGCCGGUGGUCCUGGAAGGUCGACGAGGUUUCAGUCAGAUGGAGGAGGAGGAAUGUUUGGCGGAUUUGGUGGAGGAAACAACGGUAGCGAAAACAAUAUAUUCAGAACUUACAGUGAAGGCACUCCUGCGCCUAAGAAACCUCCACCUGUGGAGAGCAAAUUGCCUUGUAGUCUUGAAGAGUUGUAUUCUGGCUCAACUAGGAAAAUGAAAAUUUCAAGAUCCAUCGUUGACGCUAAUGGGAGACAGGCGCAAGAGACAGAGAUACUGACGAUUGUUGUGAAACCGGGAUGGAAGAAAGGGACAAAGAUCAAGUUUCCUGACAAAGGAAACGAGCAAGUGAAUCAAUUACCAGCUGAUUUGGUGUUUGUUAUCGACGAGAAACCGCAUGAUUUGUUCAAGAGAGAUGGGAAUGAUCUCAUGACAAGCCGGAGAGUGACGCUCGCUGAAGCUAUAGGAGGAACAAAUGUGAAUAUCAACACGCUCGAUGGGAGGAAUCUACCCGUUAGUGUCACGGAAAUCGUCAGUCCAGGGUAUGAGCUUGUUGUUCCUGGAGAAGGGAUGCCAAUAGCUAAAGAACCAAGAAACAAAGGCGAUCUCAAGAUCAAGUUCCAUGUUCAGUUUCCCGCAAGGUUGACAACAGAGCAGAAAUCCGCACUCAAGGGGGUCUUAGCAGGUUGAAGAAACUGAGAUAUGUUGUAGCAUUUUCAUAAUCUGUACAAAAUCUUUGGUUGUGUUGACUGUUGAAUUCAAAGUUUUUCUUCAAACUUGUAUACUCCAUUAUUCAAAAGGUUAUUACAACUCUAUUAAACACUA